UAAUAGUUGUGACUUUGGCCCCACGUGGGAGGAGCUGUGUGUAUAUUACCCAGUUGUUGACAAUUUGAGGCACAGUACUUAACUUGACACCAAAGGGUUUGGACCAGAAAACAUCGAGUGCCUUGCACAAAUGGCAUCUGCGUGCAAAUUUGUGUAGGUUUUUUCUAUUCAAGGUUAGAGAAUUUUCACGUCAUUGGUUUAAACUGAUCCGGGAGAGUCUGUACCCGGUUGACCGUGAUCAUACUGCUGUGAACAUUCAAAGCUGCGGUUUCUCUGUGCACUGACGAGAUUCUGCUUGUUUGGGUGGAUUGUGGUCUGCAGCAUUUGGAGUCCACUCUUCCGUGAUUUUUUUUCUCUCUCUCCAAGUCUCUACAAGCAGAAUUUUACACCACACAGAGGGUAGUGAUUUGCAUGUGAACAGACAUUGAUUUCUAACUGAGUUUGCUGAAACAGCUGACUGUGGUCACUUGCCAGCUCUGUAGCACAUACUGUAGUUCUGUGGUUUCUUCAUUCUGGAAGUCAGCCUGGGGUGGAUCUAACUCUGGGAGCAGAAAAAAGGACCCACUGCAGGGAUAAAUUCUUUUGACUGUGCACAUUUGACAUUUUUGUGCCUUGGGGCACUCUAUGAACUCUCCCCAUGACCAUGGGUCAGUUCUCUCCUGUGGGCACACAGUGCAUGGUGUGCACGUGUACAUCACCUGUCAGCCUCCAUCGUACAUUGAGCUUGCGCCAAGAGAACGAUAACGGGGAGGAAACCAGACGACUGCAGCAGCCACAGCAACCACAAGAAGUGCCGUUCCAUGCUGCCUCACACAUGAGGCUGAAUGACGUUCCAACAGCAAGCCUAGCCCAGCGCAGACUAAGCCGUGCAUCCGCCGAGCCAGCCAUGGCCACCUACCAGUCGACCUCCACGGAAACCACCGAGAGACUGUCGCCCGACACGGAGGACAAUGUGGUUGAGCAGACUGAGUCCAUUGUAAGAAAUUACAUGUUCAUCAGGUACCAGACCGACUUGCAGUCGGAGGAGAGUGAGUUGGCGAUUGCUACGCCGAGGAUACCCGAAUUUCAGUGCUUCACAGCGAAUCCCCUCAGUCCAACGUCGCAGAUUGGCAGACGACUGGCACAGAUUGGGGACGAGAUUAACUCCCAGUACGAGUGCGAGUUCCGUGACAUGAUAAGCCAACUACGCAUCACGCCUGCCACUGCUUACGAAGCGUUUGCGAGGGUUGCCAGGAGACUAUUCACGCAAGGCAUCAACUGGGGGCGAAUAGCCGCACUGUUGUCUUUCGGAUACCAGGUGGCAAUCAGUGUCAAAGCCGGCAUCGGCGAGUUCAUCGGCAAGAUAAUCGGCAGCAUCGUUCAGUUCAUAUGCACGGAGAGAAUCGCUCAGUGGAUAUCACAGCAGGGCGGAUGGAGAGCUGCCCUCAGCUAUCAGCUUGAGUCCUCAGAAGGGUUCAGGUUAUUUCUUGCUGUCAGUGUAGCAGUAGCGACAACUGCAGGUAUCAUGUACUGGAUCGGACGCCGGUGAGCACUAAGCCUGUCCCUUAGGACUUGACCAUCUGAUAAUGUCAGUGAACUCGUGCUAAAGUACCCAGGAAUGGUCAUGUCGGGGACACGUCUGCCACACAGACUUAAUCUCGGAGGAUUUUCUGUACAGAGAAAAGACUGUACUGGCUUCACAUGCACCUAGCACCAGACAAUAAUUAUGGAAAGUGGGAACCCUCAGUUGCUUUUAAACUGUGGUUGCGGCUGAACGAAUUGCAGCAUGACGUUGACAGCGGUAUGUUUAUGUAAUGGACAAGUGCAAGUCUAAGAACACUGCCGAACCAUAUUUGACAGGCUGUUAACACUGAUAUCCCGGAACUACCUGCACGCUCCAAAGGGCCAACUUGGUUUCACUCAAGAUGCACCUGAUUGGACAGUUAAAACUGUCAGGUGACCCACAGGUGCCAUAUUCUCAAUCAGUUAACAGUUGUAACCAUCAUUAAGUUUUAACUUAUUCAAGUUUAUCCUUCAUUUCUUGAAAGCUGCUCUUGGCCCGUAAAUUUUGUUUGCUUGCUAUUCUUUUUAAAAUGUUUAAAAACAUUACAAAAAAGAAAGAAAGAAAAUGGCAUCCUAAUCAAAGAGUUGAGAAAAAUUAACAUGAAUACCCAUGAAACAUUUAUAAAUUGGGUAAUUUGGCAAUGUGUACGCUUUAGUGCACUUUGCAAGUAACAAUACGGCAAAUGGCUACUUAGUUGCCCGGAUUGCCUCGUACAGACAGCUGUGAAAUCUCUUUGAAAUCCAGCUCGUUCAGCGACGCAAAGUGCGUGUUACAUGUGUAUUUAUCCAUAGCCACCAUAGACUCUCAAAAGCAUUCAACCAGUCAGAGAGAUUCGCAGUCAUGCAAGGUUUAUGUGGACGUGUGUCAAAUAUAAGACCAAAGCUACGAAGUGAGUGGCACAGCCAACCAUUUUGGUCUUGUAUUUUCUUGGGAGAAGACUCUCUGUGGUUUGAUUACAAAAUGGAGCCAACUUUCUGCAUGGCAUCACAGCAACCUCUGACAAGGUAUCAGUUUGAAUAUUUGGGUUCAGAAUGAAGUAUCAAGCAAAUUUUGUAUGGUUGCCUUGAAAUAGCAAGCCUUGUGUCAUUUGUGCGUCAUGAAACAGUGUGAACAUUACUUAAUUUCCUUUCUUUCUGUUUUUUACAACAGAAGUACUUUGUGUAUACAUAAAUUAUAAAGUUGUACAAAAGUCUUUUCAGUAAUAGGUAGGGCUUUCAAAACAUGAGAAAACAAUCCCAUAAAAGUGAGACCUGUAGUCCACUUGAGGCUAAAAUAAUUUUGUUCUUGGAAAGUUUUUGUAAAGCAGUUGAUUUUGAUUCCAUUAGAAAGAACUGAAAUCCCUUGUCAUUGUCCAAGGCAAAAAUUCUAGAAGACAAAGCCAGUUGAAAGACGAUGAAAACACACAUCCCAGUUGAGACACAAACUUCAGCCUUGAGAUCAGAGGGAAAGAAAACGUGCUGUUUGGCCAUUAGUGUUAUGUCCGAUGUCACUUAUUUUUUAUGAGCCCAAAGAUUUGUAGCUUUACUCUGUUAAGCAGUGGUGUACACCAGCACUGUGCACCAGUCACAAGUUGUUAACAUUUUGGAGUCGGCAAAGACCACUGGCUGGAGUUGCUGUUGUAUUUAUGCGUGUGUGAUUACUUAAAGAUGUUAUAAUAAAUUAUACAAUUGCCCGGCAAACUCCUCCACCUUGCAAGCCUAAGUAGCAUGUUCUUAGGUUGAACUGAAAAUCUUGUAUAUUGAAGUACUCCUAUUUACAAACUGUACAUGUUAUGUCCACAUUGCUCGCAGUGUUACAUGUAGUUGUUAACAAAAGUACUGGAGUUAUACUCGUAGUCCGUCUGGUGGAUUUACCGAUCAUAGGAAAUGUUUUUCGUCAAGGGAUAAGAAGUGACAGGGCUGUAAAACAAAACGCAUAAUCCAGAAGCGCAACCCACCAAGCCAAAAUUUUGUUGCACUGCAAAUUAUUGCUAAGAAGUUUAUAUGCGAAGCUAAUUGCUUGCUGUAUUGGUUUGUACCCUGUAUUAAAUUAACUAAUAAAUUGGCUCAAGCUGAAUAUCAAAGAAGUUUACCGCUGUUCCAAUUUACUUGGCUGCGUCUUGAAAUUACACACAAGUCUAUGAUGUGGCUAAUGCCACUUCCCAUAGAUUUGUAUGUACUGUAAGUCCUAGCCAAAUCAAGUCUUGCGGACAUGGCCUAUUGAAAGAGGUGAUGGAAUUCGCCUAGGUCUCUGACCUUUGCUUUAAGCACAGGCUCCAGAGCCACUUCCAAGCAUUUACUGUUGGAACUCAAGCGGCACUCUUCCCUUGCAGAAGGUGAGAUGUUUCUGCUGCAGAGGGUGGAUUGUUGCUGAGCUGGUGGGUGGGCGGAGGAGGCUGGUGUCAUUAAAUUGAAUAGCCUGAAACCACAUCUGGAGAUGAUAUGCUUUCAAAUGACCUCAGUUUUCCUGGUCUUUUAGAAGAUUUGGGUCUGCUCAUUGUAUACAUCACAGUCAUAUAUUUUUUUUCUACCAGUGGGGGGGCGGUGAAACUAGCUGGCCGUAUGUACAAAAAGCAGACCAAUUGUUCAUUGAGUGUUUCGAAAUUCCAUGCAGCUGUCCAAAUACCAAAUAAUUAACCCCACUACUUAUGAUGAAAUGAAACACAGCCUUCUUCAAAAAUAAUGGAGCACAUGUACAUUUUGAGGGUGAUAUUUCUGCAAACUUACAUGUAAGCUUCCACUGUGGAAUAGCUUCGUGAAAUAGCCACGAGCACGGCUGCAAUGGGUCACCAUAGAGUCCAAUGUGACACUUCUGGCUGGAGCCAGUUAAUUCAAACAUGGCUAUGUUUUCAAUGACAACCUCAAUACAUUUAUUGCCUCUGUUUUGUGUAUGUUUGUAUAUAUCCAUUACCAUGACUGUAAUGGGCACAAUUUUUAACCCCUCCCCUAAGUCACAACCCUGCCUCCGCUUGUUGCUAACCCUGUACCCAGAACUUGGAUAAUAUUGAUUCAAAUUGAUUAUGGAAAAUCAUUGUGGGAAAAACAGAAGGAAAAAACAUUUUUGUACUACAGAUUGUAUAACAGUAUUUAUCUUUUGUCUCAUCUAAUUAAAGGCUAUGCUGCGUUUGUCACUUAAGUGUUGUAGAUUUGUUCAUGUCCUUCCAUGCACGGUGGUGUGUGAUCUGGAUGCAUUGGCAUUUUUCUGGUUGAUGACUUGUAAUGAUUUUGGCUUGUCUAAUUGAAUACUACCACAUGUGAACUAUUGCUUUUUGUGUAAUUUUGCACUAUGAAUUGCACCCGGCAUUGGAUGCCUUGUGGGAUGCUAGCCUGGCUGAGCAGAAUUCCUGUGGAAUAAGAUAUUCUAAGAGUAUCCGAAAAAAAUGUGCAAGGUUAUUUUGUAGGCUGGUUUUAUUUAUGUUGUGAUAAUCUGUGUAACUGUACAUGUAUAUUGUGGGGUUUUUCUUUGAUUCACAUAAUGUUAAUAAAUUUGAUAAUGUACAAAUGACGAAAGUGCAUUUGAA